GUUCAGAUCAGCAGCAGCCUUUACGCAUGGAGCAGCAGGACAACAGGAGGACCUCACAAAUGGCAUCUUAAGUUCAAGGAAUCAUUCCUGAGGACCAUAAAGGGCUGAGAUGUUUCCGGAGCUCCUUCACCACCCCAGUGCUCCACAGGAUGUAACUCGAGAUUCUGCUCUCAUGGAAUGGUUUUGUUGGAGUGCAAGGAACUGAUUCACACCGAGCGGCGCGCAAAAGCAUUAAAGGCGAUUAAAAAAAGGCGCACGAACAGAAAAUCAUCCGUAUUUAGUUGAGUGAGUGUUUAUUGCAGUUAUGCGGACUCAGAGUGGAGUUUGGCCCUCAGUGGCUCUUUUCACCCUCUUUCUUGUGUCAGUUGACGGUUUCCCCAGAAAGCAGAGGAUCAGUGAUCAGAAAGCCAAAGGGAACACUGCUCUUACGGCUGGAGGUCAGGUUCACUCUACAGAUGCUAGAUGGACCCUGGAGGACCUUCAGGAGCAGAACCGGCUGAGCAGGAGCAGGUCACUUCCACGCCGACACAAAAGGAGAUGGCCACAGUAUCGAUCAGAGGGCGUUCUGCCCAAACCUGCACCCGAGGAAGAAGAGCCCUUCAUCUUAGACCUGAAGAACUUCCCUGAUCUUGCUAAUGCAGAUCUGGGCUCGCAAAAUCCAAAUAUCCAGGUGACUAUUGAGGUUGUGGACGACCCUCAGAUGGAGGUCGAGAUGGACCUGGCUAAAGAGGGUAGGAACGACUGGCCUCUGAACUCCGAGGAAUGGCUUGGCCACAAUAAACUCUUCUGGCCUCUCUUCUGGGAAUACCACGACUCCAGCGAGGAGAGUGCUAGCCAGGCCAGUCUCGAGGAGAACGGCGAUGACCUGAGCUACGGAGAAGAUUCCGUGCUGAGCGGAGUAGGAGUGGAUUGGGACAGACGGUGGCAGGGCUGGGACUCGAUGGAGAGUUAUGAUUAUGAAGAAGACGAGUGGAGCGACUGGUCCCCGUGCAGUGCCACCUGCGGCCACGGCACCCAGAAGAGGGUUAGAUCGUGCGGCUAUGCCUGCACUGCUACAGAGUCUCGCACCUGUGAACUGCAGCGGUGUCCAGAUGACCUGAAUGCUGUAACAGAGCUCAUUCCUCACGAGAUGAUGAAUGGCACUGAUGCCUUCGAUACAGACGUGGACAGCUGUGAGAAGUGGCUCAACUGCAAGAACGAAUUCCUGCAGAAGUAUCUCCAUCAGGUCCUGACUGAGUUACCCAGCUGCCCUUGCAUCUACCCUUCUGAGGUUGUCUAUAGCGCCGUGAACAUCUUCGACGAGAAGCUACGCAAGACCUACCGGUGGCGGGAUGCUAGCGGACCCAAAGAGCGCCUCGAUAUCUACAAGCCGUCAGCGCGGUUCUGCGUGCGCUCCAUGUUGUCAUUUGACAGCACCACACUUGCUGCACAGCACUGCUGCUAUGACGAGCACAUGAAGCUCAUCACGAGGGGCAAAGGUGCCGGAGCGCCCAACCUUAUCAGCACCGAGUUCUCUCCAGAGCUCCAUUACAAGGUGGAUGUGCUUCCAUGGAUCCUGUGCAAAGGAGACUGGAGCCGCUUCCACUCGGUACGUCCUCCCAACAACGGACUUCGGUGCACGGAGAACCCUCUGGAGGACGUCUAUAUCAACGAGCUGGAGGAGGCUCGAGAGUACUGAGAGGCAAAGCUGUCUCGUCUCAGAACUAUAGAUAUACAGUAUUUUGCUGCAAGUUACGACUGGAGUCAUGUAACAUUUCAAAGAAACGGCAUUGUACACUGUUUAUAUACACCUGAUACAACUGAUGUCACAGCCAGAACAAAGUACAGUAAUGCACCGAUCUCUCUCUAUCUUCCGCACUUUUCCCCAGAGAGCCAGUUGAAGCUAUCAGGGACUCUUUCCAACACCAUCCUCUGGAACAGGUUUGCUGUAUUUAUCAGGUUCAUAUCCCCAACCCUCCUUUUUUGUCAUGAAAGGAAUUCCAGUCAGGCUGCUAAACUUGAGUCCAAGCAGAAUCCCCUGUUAUCUUCGACUCAAAGCUCAGAGUUGGUGCUCGUCCAACGUAGGCAAGAUCCAUCCAAAUAAAUCAAACAUGAACCUGAGUGCCGCAUACACGUGGCUACGAAAUAUUUCACAGCUCUUCCUGGGCCUGCAUGUUUCCCCAGACAUACUUUGGAUCCAGUGUCAUAUAUAGUUUUCACAGAGUUUUAAGGAUGAUGACGAUGGAUCAUGCAGAGCGGUCUGGUUUUUGCUUCAUGAAAGGGAUGCUGUCAUCAGGACAAAAUUCCUAUUUUAACAAGAACUAGGCACGUGUGCAAAUAUUACAUGCUCAUAUGAUAAUGCACUAACCAGUUAUCAAGAUUCAUGAUAUUGUCAUCCAUCUAAUCUAUGUUCCCCAAGGUCCUUCAUUUUCCCAAGGUAAAGGAUGCAUGUUGUAGAUACAAAACACACAGCCUUGAAGUAUUUGCACCCUGAAGAGUCCAGUUUAGUCCCUUUUUUCUGAUAUUGUUUGCAUUCACUGACAUAACCAUGCAUGAAGCUUCUUCAAAUUUGUCUACAAUUAAGGAUCCUUAGAUCUCUUUAAAUUAUCAUCUAAAAGGGACUGUGUCCAAAAGACAAGUCAGCUGCCUCGAUGUAUUGAUCAAUACCUAGUAUGCAGUCUUUGAAAACUUCAGGGUACAAACAAAUAGUUUGAGUAAUCCAUCACAAUGGUACUAACAGCUAGGUAACAUCCCAUCAAAGAAUGGAGCAAAUAUUCAUAUAUAACAACACCAAAUAUUUCUAUUUAGAAAGUUAAAACGCUUCAGAAAAUAUGCCGAAGUUCUUCGGGAUUAUCGUCUAUACCGAGGUUCUCUGGUUCCCCCCCCCCCCCCCCCCCCAACUGUUUACUGUCGUCAAGCAGAUGCAUAAGUUUAUGGGAUAUAUAUGACAACAAAGAAUACAUAUACUUAAUAUGUACACUGUCUCCAAAAUGUUCCAGAUGGUCUUGGAACACUUCUUCAAAAGGCUUCUUCAAGGGUCUUCGGACAAUUCUAGUCAUUUAAGAGUGCGAUUUGAAACCUUUUCUGAAAAUUAAACUGUCUGAACAGAACUUUCUUUUGUAGAGUUUGACAUAAAGCCCUUAGUGGUUAAACUUAAGGACCCUAAGAGUAGGUGUUAUACUCGAGAGUGGUCUUGAUCUCAAGACCACUUUUUGAAGGUCUCAGUCUCGUCUCGGAAUUGACUGCGUUUUUACUUGGUCUUGUCUCAGUCUUGGACAGAGAGGACUCGGGAUUUUAUUUCAAGACCGGUCAAGACCUCAACUGUGGGGAUUUCACUAAAUUGCCUGUGCAUUGUCUGAUUUAUUUGUUAACAUUGUUACGGUGAUUGGAUGUACCGUAAAAAUUUUCUGCUUCAAAUGUGACCAAUAACAUGACUCAUUACUAAUUUGAAAUCUUUCUUCCUGUUAAUGGCUGUCACCCCUCCCCAUCCCCCACCCCCUUCACAGCCACUGGUCUGGUCCUGGUCUUGACUCAGUCUUGCACUACCUUGGUCUUGGUCUUGACUUGAGUUCAACCCCUCAAAGUCUUGGUCUUGUCUCGGUCUCGAUACACUCUGAUCUUGGUCAUGACUUGGUCUUGGAUUAGGUGGUCUUGACUACAACACUACCUUUAGAGUACAGGUAGAAUUGUACACUUCUAGAAAAAAUGUUAAGUCUACAGUAUUCUUCAUUUUGUCCCUCUGAAAGAACUUCUAUCAGAGAUUGUUUCAAAUAGAACCCAUGAGUAGGCAGCAUGUAUUAUACGUAAGGUUCCUUAGUUUUUUUGGUUUGUCCCACUAGGAGAACCUUUUAAAGCAUUACAGAAAACCCUUAAAUAGAGAGUUCGUCUCUCAGAGAGGGUUUCAAGUAUAACCCCUUUCUGUAUGACCAGGCAGCAUGUGUUACAUCUAAGGAUUCUUAUUUCUGCAGCUUGUACCUCUGAGAACAUUUUUAAAGAUUUGAUAGUUAUUGGUUUGUCUCUCUGUGUAUCCCAGUAAAGUUUCCAUGAAGAACCCUGCAACAGUAGGUUCCAAAUAGAAACCCUUUCUAAAUGAGUAGGCAGUUAUGUGUUACAGCUAAGGAUCCUUAAACCCUUAGAUUGUCCCUCUGGGAGUAUCUUUUAAAGAUUCUAUGACAGAUGGUUCUUCUACUUCUACAUCUUCUACUGCAGAUGGUUCUCUUAUCAAAGAGGGGUCUGAGUAGAAUCCCUUUCUACCCAAGCAAGCAGCACAAUGCUUAUCACACUGUUUAUCUUGGGAGCUCAAAUUCGCAGCAAAAAUGCCACCUACCUCAAAAGCCUCCUAAAUGAACAAUAUGUCAUAGAUAUAUGAUAUAUUGUUACAGUUACAGUGUCUUACCUAAGUAUUCACCACCCAUGAACUUUUUCACAUUUUGUAGAGUUAGAGCCUGGAACUAAAAUAGACUUUAUAGGGAUUAUAUGCCAUGAAUUUAGACAAAAUAGCCCACUGUCUUCUGAGUGAAGCAUGGUGGUGGAAGCAUCAUGCUGCAAGCUUUCCUUGGCCUCUUGGUUUUAACAAACUAUAUAUUGAUUUUUUUUCCCUCUUCAUUUCAACUUUAUGGGCUAUUGUAUGGAGCUUCAUGAUGGAAAAGUUCAAGCGGGGUGAACACUCCUGCACUGUAUUGGCACCCCACCAAUCAGGAGCUACCUGAGACAUUGGUCUCAUUGUAUACUCGUGUAUACUCUGUCUUUCUCUUUUAAGGCAGGAGGGAUGCUUGGGGAAUAAACAGCACAUCUCUAUAAAGAACAAUGAAAGUGUGCUUUGCAAAUCCACUCUCGCCCAAAAGUCCCAAAAAUAUCAAAGCCCACUUGUAUGUACAGGGAUGUUGUUUUAAGAGCUAAAGCGUCACCUUUCAGCCUGGAUGUUUAUCUUGAUCAGUGUCUUUGUGCGAUGUUGGAAAAGAACACCAGGGGAUUGUGCAACACAAAGCUGCGUUGACAGGUGAAUCUCGCACCACUGUCAAAACAUCCAUAUUUGGGUGACAUCUUAAUGACUGAAUUGAGACGUGACCCAUCCUGAAAUCCUGGAUUACGCCACUGCCUAUCAUGGCUGGCUUUCUUCCAUCAUCUUCUCAUAUUCUUCUAUACUGACAAGCAAAUCAUUUUGAACAUGUGGAGGUUUUUUUUUUUUUUUUUGUCCCUUACAUCUUCCCCACUAUUGUCAAUUAAAUCAGGAAAAAAACAUCUAAAAAAAAAAAACGUGUAUUUAAGGACGACUUCUUCAUUGUGCACUCUCAGAUUCGAAUGGGAUUCUAAAUGGAUGCUUUAUUAAAGGUGAGAUUUGACUUAUGGUUGAUAUUACACAUUGUUAGUAUCAAUUAUAAGGCAAAUUUAUGUCGAGUGAUCCAGAUAGAACUAGGUUUUUUUAUUUUUUGGUCCAAUAAAGUCACAAACAUUUCUCAGUUCACCUAUUUAUUAUGUAGAUUUUCUAAUAUUUAUCUUGAGUGUUAAUAGUGGGUGUCCAAAAACUUUUGACUGGCAGUGUAUGUCCAAGAUGGAAAUUUUUUUUUUUUAGCGGUUGUAUGCAACACACUCUGGUCUCUAAUAGCUAUCUAUAAGCAGACAUCACAUGACAUGUUUGUGAAUUGCAUUUUUAUUUUUUUUAAGCAUAGAGAAUUAUUAUAAUUUAAAAACACAAACUGUGUGAAAUAGAUGCUCAGUGCAUAAAGGCUUAUUAAGUUUAUUAAUAACCUUCCUGGAUGUCAGUGAUGUCGCAACUUGUAAGCAUCUUUAACGUGAGCACCUGUAAAUGAACUGGGUCUCCUGUUGAGUUAGCCUGACAUUCCAGCGUACAGGAUCUCAUACGGUGCAGCUGUGAAGGAGCUUUAAUCUCAGCCUUGGAGCAUCCCGCGCACUCUGUUAUGGCAUGUCCGCAUCACGUUUCAGCACCCUGGAAUCCACGAGCCUUGUGGUAUGCGUACAGGGCAGGAGGUGUGUGUGCUGCCACUGGGGAAACUGCGAGAGCGGGGACACGGGGGCACUCACGCUUGGCCUUGGUUUCUGGAUUUCUCUGAAGCUGUGCCAGGCCUUUACGCUCCUGUUUCAUUUUAGGACCAGUCCUCGAUCCAAGUCGGUUUUCAAAGCGCCCUGUUAAAAUAGACACUCUAUAUUGUCAUCGAUCUAAAGCUCUCCAAAAUUAAGAGAUAUUACAGAAAAGAAAUUCGAUAAUCUACAGCUGAUAAUACAACUCUAUUUUUGGUGAAAGUUUACGUUUUUAAUGGUCUUUCAGGAAAUUUUGACUGAUUGAAGAUUGUGUCACUUUUAAGAAACGUCUGAAAGAAAGGCACUUUAUUAAAAAAAAAAGUGGAUAUAUAUCUUUGUAUAUAUUAUCAUUAUAUUGAAUAAUACCUGCAAUGUACAAUUUAGAUUUUACUUCUUUUUUUUGUGUCAUUAUUGUAAAAGGGAUAAAUUACACCUCCUAUGCUGCAUUCUUAAAGGAUUUUGUAUGUGAUGUAAAAAUAUCGGGCAUGUUAUGUCAGGUCAGGUCAUGUCUGUUGUUAUUAGAUUUAUUAUUGUACAGUAUUUAUUAUUGUCCAGGAUCCAUAAGAUGCACUAUAUAUGAAGCUGAGUGAAAUCCCCCCAUUCCUGGUUGGAUGUUUUGUGAAAAAGGGAAUGUGUUCGUACCAUGCCACACACCAUACUACUUCAGUUAUAUGCAUUUUUUUUUACCACCUCUGUCCAAAAUAUAAUAAAUUUAACAUUGAGGAUUAAUACGAAUAUGUGGAAUAAUUUGUUUUAUUUGCUGUUAGUGAAACUUGAACCUGAUCCAUUCAUCUAAUCCAAAAAUAAAGCCCUCUUUUAUAUCUAUAUGAUUUAUUGCUAUAUAUUCUGACACUAGGAAGUCCGAUGAGCUGCGUUAUUUAUCUUAUAGCCGAGAGAGAGAGAGAGAGAGAGAGAUAAAAGAGGCUGGUGAUGGAAUAAAUGUUUAUAGGUGCUGUAAUGUAAGUAAUAACAGGAAAUAACUUGCUUGGUGAGCAUUCCACAACAUUAAACAUAUCCUAUAAAUGAAUAAAAA